UGUAUGUGUUUGCGUAUGUGUAGGCUGAGUGGGAGAGGAGAUCCCACAAUAGUGCUAGACAAGAGAGCAAUGCAGCCUCCCUCUCCUUCUAUUACAACAUUCCUCACUCUUUACUACAAAUACUUGCAAGUGAAUGACCAGUUUCAACUUCCAAAAGCACUCCUCUCUUCAUCUCACUCUAUUACUAUUUCUCUUCCCCACUAGUUUCUAUUUGAGCGCAUUUUUUGGCGCUCUCUUUCUAUAGUGGAAAAGAAGGAGGGAAAAAUAACGAUAAUACGGACCAUUAGAGACCCUUUCUACCCAUAAAUCAUCAUUAUUAGUUUCCUAUUUAGCUGAAAUUACUUUACUUGAUUGGUAUUACAAUCGUAGUUAGUUUAAUACACAUAAUUCACAUAAUUAGACAGACUAGCUUACACUAAUAUACUGUUACAUGGUUUGUGACCAACUGUUCUAUGAAAACAAUAUAGCCUAGUACUACAUGUAGGGUACAACUAGCCAUGUAAGUUUCGAAAUGCUGCUCUUGAGUCAAAUCAAAUGGAAGACUGCGAGUGCGAAUAGUUUUGCGCUAGAUCGUCGUGUUCAUUUUCCAGCGUUGCUUAGUUUCGUUUAGUGUGCAGAUCGGAGUGGAUCCCUCCACGGAUUAGGAGUUGUUACGACUGUACAUACUUUUUUUUUUAUGGUGUCUCUUUGAAAAAAGGAAGUGGAAGUGUACAGUUAUGUGAUUGGGGUUUUUGUGCGCGCCGAUUUUCGCCCCUGUCAUUGGGGGUCUUUGAACUUAGAGCAGAGCGUUCAACCCCGCCUACCGCCUUCUAUCGCCCACGUUUCGUUUUUUGGGCUUCGUGCAACUCCGAAAAGUGUGACGACGUCUGUGUGGCCAUUAUCGCGACCGUUUCGGUUUGUGCGAUAACCGAUAAGUGUUGCGUUGUAUUGUGUGCCCUCGCCGCGUGCAGUUAACCGCCUCGUCUCCCUCUCCCUUUUACUAAGUAAUCAGUUAUUGGCCCGCUCUAAUGAACGUUGAACUGCAAAUUGCAAAAACGUACGAAAAUAAUAAACAAACGCGAAAUGCGAAAUUCGCUCUCUCUAGCGAAACAUCCGCGUCGCCGUCACCCACACAUUCGUAUAAUGGGUGGGUGCAUUCACCUCUGGAUCUUGUGCCUGCCUAUCGGAUGAUCACUGAGAUCAAUAAGGAUUUGGCUGGCUUCUAUGGCAUCUAGGAAAAUCCCCGCAGCGGAUGCAGAAAAGAGCUGAAUGGAGGAGCUAAAUGGAGGAAGAGCUAGACGGAGGAGGAGCAGGAGGAGAUUUGGUCCACAAUCCCCUGGUAAUCCCCUCAGGAAUCUGUUCCGCAUUGGCCAUAUCCAUUGAUCACGUCUGAUAGUCUGGACUGGAGAUGGCAGCCAGCUGGCUGGCGGAUCGGAGAUUACUCAUAAUGAUUGGAGCGAAUGGAGCGGGAAAGCAUCUCCGGUGCGGAAGUAAAGCACGUCGCUCUCCGGCCCCCUAAGCUGGCUUUAGUCAUGCAUCUCGCGGCGGGCACGGCCGUGAUGCAGCUACCCGCGCUUCUACAGCUCGAAGACUCUCUUCCGGUCUGCGAUCACGUGGGGAGAGAGUACUCUGGGCCCUCUCAACUCGAUGCACUCGGCCGGAGUGCUGGCUAUUAGCCAAGAAUUGUUUUGGUCUCUUUGGGGCUGCGGCAAACAUCUCCGUACUUAAAUCACGCGGCGGUCAAUCGGCAUUCGAGUUAUGCAACGUUCUCGGAAGCGAGCGCACCCAGCGACCUUUUAAGCGCGUCUGCCCCGGUCUAAGUCACCACUGCCACUCUAGAGCUGACCGCGGUCGCAGGUUCCAAGGUUUCUCAAAACAAUAAGGAUACUAGCAUAUUAGCCUCACCAUCAGAUGAGCACAGGAUCACGACGAGAGAAUCUUUUUAGCCAAGCCAUUUGAAGUAGAGUGCCCCACCAUGACGCACUGCCUUUGGUCGACGCUGCUGGGCCUUCUGGCCUUGCUCUCUAUGGCGACCAGUCGUUCGGUGCGCCAACUGCAAAGUGCAUAUCCGCCCGUGGUGCCCGCCGGCUACUACGGACAGCCGCCCUAUGCUUACCCGCCCUACGGCUAUGGUUACCAGGCGCCACCACCACCAGUUUACGGACCCUUCUACGACAAUGUUUUCGGUGUCUACAAGAGCUAUCCCGGCGGUGGAUAUCCUGUGCGAUUCGACUAUAAUAACCGUUGCUCUCGGAACUACAUUGGCAUCAAGCCCCAUCCGGAUCAGCAGCAGUACUACUACGUUUGUAAGCCCAACUGCGUCAUCUUCAGCAAGUGCCGCGACCUCGAGAGCUUCAAUUCGAGCAGCGGACGCUGCGUGCAUCACAUUCCACAGCCCAGACCGGACCACAGGCCGCCGCAGUGCGAGAAGGAGGGCCGCUUCGCUCACCCCCACGACUGCAAGGUGUAUUACAGAUGCGAUAAAAACCGGACAGAGCCUUGGCUUUUCGCCUGCCCCGCUGGAACCAUCUUCUCGCCGGUGGAACGCAAAUGCCUGCCCGGUGACCAGUGCCCUUCGACGGAGAUAUCGGACAGUGGCAGUUACAUCCCGCAGAACUGCGAGCUCAAGUUUCCCAAUUGCGCCGAGGAGGGCACCUUCCGCUCGCCUACGGACUGCGCCCUCUACUAUACAUGCCGAUUGAAGGAAAGCGGUACCUAUCUGCAGACGCGCUUCAAGUGCCCCGGCAGCAAUAGCUUCGACGAGAAGCGGAAGCUGUGUCGUCCCCGGAGCGAGGUUGACUGCUACGACCUUGCCCCGGCUCCCGUGCAGAUACCCUAUGCUCCACAGCCCUACUACCCGCCCUACCAAUCUGCACCGCUCUUCGAGGAGGACGACUAUGACACGGUGACCACGGAAGAGCCAGCUCUAAGGUCCGAGAAGGUACAGGUGGCAAAUGGCUUUGAAAGGCCUUCGCUGAAUGUUGUCAUUCUGCCCACGCAGACGACAGCCGCAACCACAUCGGAGAGGACAACAGCCUAUAAAUAUUACCCCUCGUAUCCAUCUUACCACUCAUAUGAGCCCUCUUCUCAUCAUGACGUUAAGAAACAGUCUGCAGAGAGCCUGAAGGUGGAGAAAGAGGAUGAGACGCCUAAGUUCAAGCUGUCGGAGAACGUUGUCAUUCUGCCCACUACACCAGCGACUACAAGUACCAAGGCUGAGCCUUCAAAGGAGACCACCAAAUACCAAUACAAGAGGUACACCUAUGCAACCAAGGCUAAGGAGGAAGUUACUGAGGCUCCGAAAUCGAAAUUUCCCUUAAAUGGAAUGCAUCUGUCGGAAAAUAUUGUGAUUCUGCCUACUACGACCACUACUACUACGGUCAAGCCAACAGUUCCGACAUGCCCCACGUUACCAACGGCUAGUUCUACCCCCAAGCCAACUACAACUUCUAAAGCGACAACAGUGAAGACUACUACUACAGAAAAGGCAACUACACCGAAACCGAAAACUACAGAAGUAACAUCAACCACUAAGAAACGUAGCACGACGACUCAUGAAUCCUCGCCAGUAACUACAACCACAAAGAAGGCAACGGUUACUCCUAAGCCAACGACUCUGAAAACAACUACUGAAAAACCAGUAAAGACUACAACCACUGAGAAACCAACUACCACUACACAUAAACCUACUACUACAACGACUCCGAAGACUACUACUACCCAAAAACCAACAACGACCACUCGUAAAACUUCAACGGAGACUACAACCACUCACAAACUUACAACUACUACUCCUAAACCUACAACAACGAGCCAGAAGACAACACCGACUACGACUAAAACUACCCAAAAACCAACAACAACUACUCAGAAAACCUCAACAGUGACUAAGACCACCGAAAAGACAACGACGAAUGCUCCUACUUCGACAAAGAGUUCUGAAAAACCAACCACGACAACUCUUAAAACAACUCAUGAACCUAGUACGACUACUCCGAAAACCACAACAAUUACUACUACAACCAAGAAAACAACUGAAAAGACACCCAAACCUACAACUAGUACCGAAAAGCCAACUUCAACUUCUCAGAAAACCUCUACAGUAACUACAACUACAUUUACUACGCCUAAGCCAACAACUACGUCAACUCCUAAGCCAACUACAGUGACAACUACUACUCGGAAAACGUCAACGGUUACUACUACCACCAAGAAAACAACGGAGAGUUCACCUAAACCCACUACCAGUACAGAAGAACCCACAACGACUACCAAGAAAAUCUCUACAAUAACUACGACCUCUAAAGAACCAACCACCACCACUCCGAAAUCUUCAACCGUUACUACUACCACUGAAAAGGUAACGGAAAGUUCUCCAAAAUCUACAACUAGUACCGAAAAACCAACUGCGACUACUCAGAAAAUCAGCACAACGUCUACGAAAGAACCUACAACUACUCCUAAGCCUACAACAACUUCCCAGAAAACAACAGCGUCGACUCCUAAGCCAACUACAGUGACAACUACCACACAGAAACCAACAACGACUACCCAGAAAACGUCAACAGUUACUACUACCACUGCUAAGACAACGGAAAGUACUCCUAAACCUACUGCCAGUACUGAAAAGCCAACAACGACUACCCGGAAAAUCUCUACAACAACUACUACUCAAGAGCCAACAACUACUACUCCUAAACCUACAACAACGUCGACUGCUAAGCCAACUACAGUGACAACUUCGACUCAAAAACCAAUAACAACUACACAGAAACCUUCAACCGUUACUACUACCACUGAAAAGGUAACCGAAAGUUCUUCUAAACCCACAACAAGUACCGAAAAACCCGCAACUACUACUCCGAAAACGUCAACAGUUAGUACAACAACCAAGAAAACAACGGAGAGUUCUCCUAAGCCCACCACAAGUACCGAAAAGUCAACCACGACUACUCAGAAAGUAACUACCACAUCUACGACAACUCAAGAGCCAACAACUACUCCUCCUAAAUCUACAACUACUACUCCUAAACCUUCAACUACUACUCCUCAAUCUACAACUACCACUCCUAAGCCUACAACGUCGCAAAAGACAACAACUACGACUCCGAAACCAACAACGACCACUCUGAAAACGUCAACUACCUCCAAAAAAACAACAGAAACUUCUCCGGAACCUACAACGAGUAGUCAGAGGCCAACAACGACUACUGAAAAAGUAACUCCGACAACGGAAAAGCAAACAACUUCCACUGCUAAACCCAUUACAACGACAACGACUCGAAAGACCACUACAGUGACAAUCACAACUCAAAGUCCCAAAACAACUACUCCGAAAGAAUCCACAGUAACCACGGCUUCACCGAAACCAACUACAAGCACACCAAAAUCGACGACAGCCGUAACUAUCGAGACCACGAGGAAUCCGACUACUAUUCCCUCGCAAAAUUCCACCUCCACAACAGAGCUGACCACUGCCACGCGUCCGCACUGUCCCGAUCCCGAUUCCACCUCUGAUACAAACACAAAUCCCGCAUGCACACAAGAACUCCGACAAGUGGAGAAACUUCAACUACAGUCACCGCAAAAACAAAACCAACUCAUUCACACACAAACCACAGCAGAGUUCACUGAAAGUGGAAACAGUUUGGGAGGGCGGAAUGAUUUAGACUAUAUGGAUGAUGCACCUUCGUCGGCGGAGGGGGAAAGAGGUCAGGCAACGACAGCGAAGGCUCCGACCAUGUCUACGCUGGCGGCAGCCCAUCUCCUACAUAAGCUCUUUAAGAUCAUCUCCACCACUCCGCCGAGCAAGGAGCAUACCUCUAGUCAACGUCCGCCCAGUCAGAAGACGCAUGGAGUGACCCUGGCCCAGAUGGCUAAACACAACUUGGCCACUUCCAAGCCCUUCAUUGCCCAUUCCCUGCGGCUAUCCAUCCAACAGCUGGCGUCUACCCAGAAGCGCUCCCUUCAGCCUAAGGUACUUGUGGCCCUGAAUACCACCAAGAAGGAGCCGGAGGACUCUGAGUACUAUGACAGCGAAACGUCGGAGCAAUAUACGGACGAGGAAAAUGAAGUGCUGACCAAAACCCUGCCAAAGGUUGUGUCCACAACAACGGCGACUCCGACUCCGUCUUCGACCACUGAGCGGGUGACUAGUUUCUCGACAAGUCAACCCAAAGCGGUUUCCUCCACAACGACUCAACCCAAAGCGGUUUCCUCCACAAUGGCUCAACCCAUAAAUACGACGACGAGUGACUUGGAAUACGGCGACAGCUCUGGUGAUUCUGACUAUGCCAACGACGGCAACGAUAUUCCAGACGGCGUAGUCAAAAGCCUGGAAGCUAGAAAGGAGUUUUUGCUGAGUCUGCUGAAGGAGAGGUUGACUCGAACGGAAGCGAAGCAACCAACGUCGACCACUAAGGCUGCACAGACGCAAAGCAGCAGUACAAGUUCCACUACAAGCAGUAGCUCAACUUCAAGUUCAAGUACGACGACGUCAACCACAAAGCCAGAAACGACUACGAGUAGGCCAUCACCUCCUCGAGCGGUAAUGGUGGCUGCGAAAAAUUCAAGUCACCUCAGUUCGGAGUACUAUGAUGAUGACGAGGACUACAUGGAAGAUGAGCCAGCUAGUCCUUUCGAUAGUGGAAAGAAAGACCGAGGCACAGUCUCAGUAGCCAAGAAGCCACCAGCAGCCACAGCCAAACGGCACGUUGUCCUGCCUGUCCUACCUAUACAGACUGUACAGAAGGCCAUUCCGAAUGAUAUUGCAUUUGAAGAUGGGGGAAAAUUGCAUCUAAAAGCUGCCUCAAACGGGCUUGAAAGCCAGGAGAGUCAGUUUUCCAGAGAAGACAGAACAUCGAGAGUUUCUAAUAGUAUUAGGAACCAGGCGCUAAGCAGCAACGACAGAGUUAGGCAUCCUUCAAGGCAAACUACUUCACACACACCAACAGCAAGUCCAACCAUGCAGACACAAACGAUACCAACACCAAGUACCGAAUCAUCUACUUCAAGACCAGCAUCAACAUCCACAGAACCAUCAACGACACAGCCAAACAGAAAGCCAAGAGUUUUCCCGCUCAGUCAGCUAAUAAGAGAGGCUGAAAAACGUGUAACAGUCACAUCGACAACACCAGAAACACUACCAACUGCAUCGGCAAUAGUUUCAUCUGUAAUGCCAAUGCCGAUGCCAUUGGCAUUAGCUGCCCCUGCCCCUGCCACAGUGCGCCAGGAAGUGCUGUCAGUGAACAGCAGGCCCUGGCUGCUGGCUGCCCGCAACCAAACAGUCCACAUAACACCCAUUGCCGCUGAAGCGGCAAGCAACCCAGUGAGCCAAGUUAACCGUUCCUUCAAUCCACUAGUGUCCAGCCCCGAGGACUAUCCCACCGAGAAGGUGCCGCAGCUUAUCGUUAAAGUGUACGAGCCCAUCGAUCUGAAAAUCGUCUUCUGUCCGAAGUCCUGCGACCAGGACCACGACCACAAAUACGACCCAGCUGAUAAUUUUAAGAAGUCCAAUUGCUCAGAAGGCUGUGACGAGGAGGAGGAGCGGAUCCACAAGCAUGUGGACAUCCAGUGGAAGCCACUGGAACUGAGCGAUAUCGCUGGCUUCCGCAAUGCAGUUUAGUUUAAAUCCAACGACACUCGAAUUCCGACCAAGAAAUUCCCGUAGUACGAUUUCUUUAAUAUUAGUAACUAACUUAAAUAAAUACUUAAACUUUAAA